AUGAAGAAGAGAGGCAUAGUCAAGGGGCAGACCAUAGUGUUCGAUGAGCCGCUGGGACUGGAGGAAGGGCAGAGCGUGGAGAUAGAGAUUCGAACGAUUGAGGAGCCCAUUCCUAACACCCAUAUUGAUCGCGAAUUAUGCGGUUCGCCCCAAAAUAUCGGUGAUGAAGAAACCGGCACAUCUCAGGGAAGGGCCGCAAAAGUAUUCCUCGCCAUACCAGCAGGGAGAAACCCGGUCACCAACGAGAUGGUGAACGAAUUGCGAGAACAAUUGGGAAUUUGA